UAUUCGAACGGUCAGAAAAUGGAGGCACGCCCGGCGCCACCUGAUAUAUUUAUUUAUGGCACUUGGAAUCAUUCACACACGCCAUGGAUUAUGCUGAAUGCCUGCUAUUCGCUUGUUGGGUCCACUUCAGCUGUUAAUAUUCCUUUUAUUUGGGCACAUCAGAUGACAUUUUACCGUUCAUUUGGUUGUUUAGUAUGAACACUCACAGGGGCUUGUGAAGGCGGGUGAAUUAUCAUGUUUAAUAGCGCGUGCAAUGAAGAUGAAGAUGAGGUCUGUUCUUGGGGACACCAUGAAGUUCAUAAUUGGGAAGGAGGUUUACAAGGGGCUCAAGAGGAAAGACAGCGAUGCUGGAGAAAGGGGACGGGCAUUGGAAGAUUUGCGCUCAUCUUUAUUCAGUGAAUUCCGUACUGCAGAAGGAGCAAAACGGCUGCAGCAAAGGGUUUGCACUCCAACAGUAGCCCUAACUUUCAACUUUAUAGUUGCAGUUAGCAUUAUUAUGAUGAACAAAUUGUUGCUUGGAAAGGUGGGAUUUAAUUACCCCAUCUUUCUCACACUGGUUCACUAUACGCUAAGCUGGCUCUUAUUGGCCUCUCUUAGAGCCUUCUCUCUGCUUCCUGCAUCACCUCCAGCAAAGGCAACACCAUUUUCCUCUCUGAUUGCUUUGGGGGUGAUAAUGGCAUUUUCCAAUGGCCUUGCAAAUGUCAGUUUAAAGUACAACAGUGUGGGCUUUUAUCAGAUGGCUAAGAUUGCUGUCACUCCCACUAUCGUACUAUCAGAGUUUCUCCUUUUCGGGAAGAGAGUUUCUAUGCAGAAGGUACUGGCAUUGACAGUUGUUUCUGUGGGAGUGGCUGUUGCAACUGUAACAGAUUUGCAAUUCAACUUAUUUGGUGCUUUGGUGUCCUUAGCAUGGAUAAUGCCAAGUGCUGCAAACAAAAUUUUAUGGUCAAAUCUGCAGCAGCAAGACAAUUGGACAGCACUUGCAUUAAUGUGGAAAACAACACCCAUAACCAUCUUUUCCUUGGUUGCUGGAAUGCCAUGGUUAGAUCCUCCUGGUUUACUAUCGUUUGAUUGGAAUCUCCCCAAUAUAUUGGCCAUUAUUUUCUCUGCAGUUCUGGGAUUUCUGCUUCAAUGGUCUGGUGCUUUAGCACUUGGUGCUACUUCAGCUACUACGCAUGUUGUGCUUGGACAGUUCAAGACCUGUGUGAUUCUUCUUGGAGGCUUUCUUCUCUUUCAUAAUAAUCCUGGAUUUUCAAGCAUUUGUGGUGCAACGGUGGCUCUUGGUGCAAUGACCGUUUAUACAUACCUUAACCUCCAUGAAACCCACGAAUCUAUAGGUAAUAAAGUUCCUCUCAAGCAAAACUCGUUUUCUUCUCUGAAACCCAAAGUUAAUGAAGAUGGCCCCAAAGAGAAUGGGGGUACAGAAUCUGUGUAAAGGUGACUGAACUGAAGACAGAAAUUAUACAAAGCUGACAGUGCUUCGGAUUACACUUUGAGAAGCUCGUACCAUUCCCAGGUGUUCAAAAGGAACUCUUUCAUUGAUUUUUCCAAGCUAAUAUCUGUUACACAACCUCUAUAUAGAGUUCGUAAAUUUUCCCUUUAUAAAAUGUAUAAUUUGGUUCCUUUUCUUUCUAUCUAACAAAAUUCCAUCUCCAUUUGCAAAUAAAACCAAUUACAGCAAGGAAAUAAUUCAAUCGUCUUCUCCUAGCCCAACUUUUACAAUUGAAAGCCCAUUCUGCUACAGUUAUUUUACAGGCUUGGUCGGUUCCUCAUGCAAGCAACAGAAUUACGAACUAUGUUGUAGUGGACAGAUCAAAGAACUGCUUAUUGAAGUAAACUGUAAAUUAGAAUUCUUCAAUUAAUAAGAUGGGAAAGAAAUUUAUUCUUCUUAUAGAUCAGUGGAGCUAUAUGGGAUCCUCAUUCAAUUAUGGUACAGAAGAAAUGGUUGAUGAACUAAAUGGAUAUUGUUGUACUAGUGCUACCGAGGCUUUGCUCCCAUUCUACACAGAGAAUUCAAAGCUUCUGAUCCUGUAAGGAGAUCAAUGCAAAGAUUUGUACCUAUAAUGCUCAUAUGAGCACAAUUAAAGGCUUGGAGCAGAAUUCCAUUACAGCAAGGAUAAAAUGUUUGAGCCAGCAUUCCAUUGCAACAACGAUUCUUAAGGGAAAAAAUACUCAGGAAGCAAUUUUUUGUUUCGACUCAUUUGGAUUGAAUUUCUUUUAAAAUGUCAUUGCUUACAGAAAAAAGAUUACUAUUUUCCAUGGAACUGGUUCAGCUGGAGUUCAUUCUGUUUCAGGUUGUAUGCUGUGCAGGUACGACCAAGAUUUAAUUUGUAAAAUAUGAUUUUGAUUUGUAUUUGAUUGGAUUUCUGAAAAUAAAUGCAGUUAUUACGGUCACACAAUUAAGCUA